CGGGGACGUCAUUGUUCCCCGACACGGACAAGCCGGAGCUGCAGGAGAGGCCGGGCUGAGGCGAGCGGGACCCGGCGGCGCCCAGCCAGAGAUGAACAAUGACCAUAGUUGACAAAGUAUCUGAGUCCUCCAACCCUUCCGCUUGUCAGAAGCAGCCUUUUACCUCUCUGGUAUCGGCUUCUGGAGAUAUGGACUCGGGCUCUGCAGGAUGGGGUGCUGUGUCUUCUCUGGAAGCUCCAAAACACAAAAUCUCCUUGGGACCAGUGCCAGGAGCUGCCGUUUAUUCUAAUUCAUCCGUUCCUGAUAAAUCCAAACCCUCCGCUCAGAAAGACCUAUCUGUCGGUGAUGGCAUUGCAGCACCACAGAAGGUCCUCUUUCCAGCAGAGAAGGUGUGCCUGAAAUGGCAAAAAACGCACAGAGUUGGAGCUGGCCUCCAAAACCUCGGCAACACUUGUUUCCUCAACUCCGCUCUGCAGUGUCUGACCUACACGCCUCCUCUGGCCAACUACAUGCUCUCCCACGAACACUCCAAAACUUGUCACGAGCAAGGAUUCUGUAUGAUGUGUACCAUGCAAGCUCACAUCACCCAAGCCCUUUCCAACUCUGGCAACAUCAUCAAACCAAUGGCUGUCAUCAACGACCUCAGACGGAUAGCAAAACAUUUUCGUUUUGGAAAUCAGGAAGAUGCACAUGAAUUCCUUCGCUAUACUGUUGAUGCUAUGCAGAAAGCAUGUCUGAACGGAAGCAACAAGUUGGACAGACACACCCAAGCCACUACACUCAUUUAUCAAAUAUUUGGAGGAUAUCUGAGAUCUAGAGUAAAGUGCAUGAACUGCAAAGGAGUUUCUGAUACUUUUGAUCCCUACCUUGAUAUUCCAUUGGAGAUAAAGACAGCUCAAAGUGUUAACAAAGCUCUGGAGCAGUUUGUCAAACCAGAACAACUGGAUGGUGAAAACGCUUAUAAAUGUAGCAAGUGUAAAAAAAUGGUUCCCGCCUCAAAGAGAUUUACAAUACAUCGGUCUUCAAAUGUUCUCACUUUAUCCCUGAAACGGUUUGCAAAUUUCAGCGGUGGAAAAAUUACAAAGGAAGUGAAAUAUCUCGAAUAUUUGGAUAUCCGCCCGUACAUGUCCCAGCCAAAUGGAGAGCCGAUUAUUUAUGUGUUAUAUGCAGUCUUGGUGCACACAGGCUUCAGCUGUCAUGCAGGACAUUACUACUGUUACAUCAAGGCCAGUAAUGGGCAGUGGUACCAGAUGAACGAUUCCAUUGUCUCCAACAGUGAUAUCCGAUCUGUUUUGAAUCAGCAAGCUUAUGUGCUUUUUUAUAUCAGGUCCCACGAUGUGAAGAACGGCGGUGAGCAUAUUCAUUCCAUUCACACCCCAGGGCAGUCUUCUCCUCGACCAGUUAUCAACCAGCGGGUGGUGAAUAAUAAGCAAACAGCACCGGGUUUUAUAGGGCCGCAGCUUCCUCCACACAUGAUGAAGAAUUCAAAUCAUCUGAAUGGAACUGGAUCGCUGAAGGAAACGCCCAGCAGUUCCGUGGCGAGUCCUAGUAACGCUCCCCUCAACAGGCCGUCUUCUGCCCCACCUGCCACCUCCGUCUCAAACUGGACAAUUAACAGACCGACAACGGCCGCUGCUCCCGACCCUUCCAAAAAGCAGAAAAUAACCAUCAGUAUUAACAAGCUGUCUGCUCGCCAAACUGCCGCUCACAGCAGCUGCUCCAUGGAGAACCUCAGCAAGCAGGCUCCUUCCUCGACCGUUUCCAGUCCUUCCGCAGUGCAGUCUACCUCAAGCGCAUCCGCCGUCUCGGCUGCUAACAGAAUCCCCAAGCAACAGGCCGUCAGCGAGCCUUGUCCCCUGCCCGUAGUGAAUGGCAAGUCCAAACUGAACUCCAGCACGCUGGUUCCGUAUGGGGCUGAGUCUUCAGAAGACUCUGACGAGGAGCCCAAGGGGCCAGUGAAGGAGAACGGCCACUCCAGGCCUUUCAACGGUGUCCCCACGGGAAGCGCGACAAAUGUUGCAGAAAGCUCCUGCGCAUCCUGUCAUGAUGUCGAAGAGGAGGCACCGCCACACGAGCCUCCAAAAAGCGUUGCUGUCAAUGGUGCUAUUAGUGUUGACGAAGCUCCUAAAGAAAAUGGAUUGCUACUUGAGGAUCCCACUUACCAAGCAAAGCCUGUGAAAUCUGCGGAAAACCCAUUCUCAAAAGCCAACGGAUUGCAUGGGAAAGGACCACUCACCGCUUUGCCCCCUGUCCCUGAAGACAGGAUCUUAGACUCCUUCAGAUACAACCAACUGAAAACCUCGCCACAAGAAAUAAGUGCAAGCGGAACAGAGAAACCCUCCGAAGAAGACGGCUGCUUAGAAACCUUAGACGGUGUUUGCAACAGAGUUUCCAGUGACAUGUCUGGCAAGAUCCCCACCAACCUUAUCAGCAACACCCAGGAUCUCUCAACUUCUUCUGAUCCUGAACCUCUUUCUACCAAAGACAACCUCUGUGAAAGUAUUGCAACAGAAACGCAAAGCUCGCAUCUCAAUAGCAGUGGGCAGUGCAAUCCUCAGUCAAGCUCCUUUGGAGCAGAAGAGGAGAUCCCUACAGAAGGUGACAUGGAAGAUCACCCAGCAAAAACAAGAGGACCAAAAGAAGGGAAAGCAACUUGGAAAAAGAGUCCUGUGCACAUCAGUGGGACGUCUGAGGGAGGAGAAAACUUGGAAAAAAGCCCUUUCAGAAAGUCUGACAGCGAAUGCCGACCUCUAAAGUUUGUCACCUUGAACGUUGUAGAGAAAAGUCAAGAAAUGCAGGAUGGUGUGAAGAAUUCUGUAGGUGCCCUGCUCCCGGAGGAUGCUUCCAUUGCACGGCCUGAUGCAGGGACAGGGAAUCAGAGCUCAAAGGAUGAUGAUGGGCUGGGAGGAAGAAAUGAGAGCCUCGGAGGAAACACAGAAGGGCAGGAGCCAAAGUCUCAUUCUCCAUCGGAGGAAAAAGUUUGCACCACUAGAAAAACUGACAAAGAGCACUACCGUAGCAAGAGAGACCGCUCAGAGAGCGAAGAGAGGGAGGCCAGCCACAGCCAAACCGAUGGGCAUUACUACAAGAAAAGGCGUUCCUAUAGCAGAGAGAGAACGAAGCAGGAAUAUUCAAGACGAGAAUACUGCAAUGGAAAUAAAUACCGAUUCCCCUUGAGCCCUGAACCUGGGAGAAGUAUAGGAAAAUACCCCCAUUCCCGAUCCCGCAGCAGAGGGAAAACCGACCCUGAAAGGAAACGGUAUUGCGCCUGGAAAGGAGAGCCAUCAUGGAGCAGACUGGGUUAUCAUCAAGAUAUCCCGAGGAGAUGGGAAAAAUACCGACCCAAUAGUUAUUAUUAUUCUUCACACAUAGCAAGGAGUAGCCAGGAUAGAAAAUUCUGUCAUGGCGAGAGGGACUACAAUAAAUCGAGUCAUAGUUACAACAAACCAUAUAAAGAUUAUUCUUACAAAAGCAGAUGGACUUAUGACCCAGCAAUGAAGGAAAGAGAGAGGUACCAUGUCAGCAGUACCAAAACAGACACGUACCGCUGUCCAGUUACCUCCCAGCACCUGGAAAAAUAUCCCCGUGAGAAAGAUAUACCCCUGCCUGAGGAACAUAGUUUGCAUCUGGAGACUGAAGAUCUGAAAGAGAGAAAAAAGAAAUGCCCCAGCCCAGAGGGCAGCGACAGCAGCUCCGAAAAGAAAUGCCGGAGGAGCUCUCCAAGUGAGCCUCUUGAGGAGCAGAAAACCAGAAAGCACAAGAAGUCGAAGAAGAAAAAGAAGUCAAAAGACAAACAGAGAGAAAGAGAUCACAGGCAUCACCAGGACUCAGACCCCUCUGUCUCAGGCUCGGAGGGAGAGACCCACAAACACAAGAAGAAGAAGAAGAAAAAGAAGAAGCGUGCAAAGAGAUCUGAAAGUUGUGACGAACCUUUAGCACCCCACGUCCCGAAGCCAGCCAGCAUGGAAGCCAACGCCCUUAAAACCUGGGAGACAGCUGAAGCUUCAUCUGGGGCUUGUCACAAACGUGGCAGACAACCCCAAGAUGGAGUGGCUGCGGCUUGCUGGAAAUCAAAGUGCAUAGAAGGUGGCGACAGAGGAGACUCCUGCUUCUCUACAGAUCAUCAAGUAGCUAUUACAGAGACACCUUCUCAUAAAAACCACAGUUGGACAGCCCCUAGAUCUUCAAGUAACAACUUUCCAUAUAAAGAGGAAACAAGAUGGUGAGCGAGGAGACAUCCUUGGAGGAAAUUCUCACUAGCUACAGGACAACAACGCCUACUCAGAGCGGUAAAAUGCCCUGUGAGGUGGGUGGGGCUGAGAGAGCUCCUAGAAGCUGUGACUGACCCAAGGUCACCCAGCUGGCUUCAAGUGGAGGAGUGGGGAAUUAAACCCGGCUCUCCGGAUUGGAGUCCAGCGCUCUUAACCACUAUACAUCAUGAGAUGGUAAGAUAGUACAUGGGGGGUGGGGUAUUGAUUUCAGGAAAGAGAGACCAAAAGAUAAGGGUGAACAAACUGCAGGCUCUUGAAAUCAAGCUGCUAUAAUCUAUUUCUAGGACAUGGUUUUUAAUCAGAGAAAAUACAUUCGAUUUGCCUAUCUCAAAAAUAUUAUCAAUCAAUAUUCCAACUAUCAUCAGUUUCUCAUCCAAGGCUUUCAUCCAAGUCGGUUGGUGGGUAUCUGAUUUAGAGCGUUUAACGAACCAUCUUCAGCAUAGAGUAAUUUUAAUCUCAGCUUAAAGGCAUAUAGCCAUGCUCUUGCUUCCAAGGAGAGCUGUCCAAAUUCUGCCCGCAACACAACGUUAGACACACAACAGAGGAUAUUCAAAAUUUUCCUAAGAAAUUGUGCUAAGGAUUUGUUGAUAGUAUCAGAGAGAGCUUUAAUUAAAAUGCUGAGCUAUAAAGAAUAAUGGGGACGACUUUCAGAUUAAAAAGUUGCACCGCUCCAGAAAUAUACUUCCCUCCCCUAUUGUGGAAAAAUCUAUUUAUAGUGUUUGUGCAUGGUUUGGCUUUAUUAAGCGCUGUUCUAAAUUGGGGAGUCCAGGGGAGAUCUGCUGAAAACAGGAUCCCCAAAUAGGAGAAAGUCUUAACUUGCUUAAUAUUGGACCCGUUGAUUGACCGCUGAAAUGGGUUCCAUUUCUUAGUCUUGGUGAAAACUAAGAUCUUAGAUUUCAAGUCGUUGAUCACCAAGCUUUCUCGAGAGCAAUACUUGAAGAAAAAUUCCUGAAUCUUUUGCAGCCCAACCCUAGUUCAAGGAUCAUAGCAUCAUCCUCAUAAAGCAGAAGGUACACCCAGGGCUUUUUUUCAGCAGGAACACGGUGGAACAGAG